AUGCCCAGCAAGUAUUCGCAUAGCGUUGUUCUGGCAAGCUAUUCCAGCCAGGGCAUCAUCAAUUCACCCAGCUAUCAGGACUGGGACUACAAUGGGAGUAACGGGUCUUCUACUCCUGUGAACGUUUACGAGCAAGAACCACCUCCUCGUCCGGAAAAAACAAAGUCGACUGUACCCGCGACCGCACAAUCUGCUUUUCGGGAAGAACGAAGCACGAACCGACAUAACAAGUCGCACUCAAUAUCGAAGAAGCAUGAAUCUUCAUCUUAUUUUGGUCCGGUCGCAGAUCCGGCCACUGGUAAAAUCGUCGACAAAUAUGUAAAGAAAUCAAGGAGAAAGGACGCCGUCAGACAUGAUGCUUCCCAAAAUCGUCUGUCUGUUGCCAAACCUCAAGGCGGCGCAUCGCCUGAUUUUCGCCUAUCCGGUCCUUUCGAUCCUUUCGCUGGAGCUCCCGAGUUUGUACCAAACGUGGAGGAGACCUCACCUGAACCAGAUCUCGAAGGCCUUGCACUUACAUCACCUGAUCCAGAGCCCAGAGGACAGCAAAAUGCGAACACCUCGAGGCCAAUUCGCAGACCUAUUGAACCAAGAAACGAUGUGCAACAGAGACCAUCCAUCAAGACGCCUGAGAGAUCGAGUGCGCGGAUAAGGGCUCCUGGCACCGAAUCGCUGCUCUCAAUCCAGCAAUUUCUAGACCUGUCGCCACGGGUCAAUGGGUCAGCUCCGCCAACACAGCGCCGAAUUUCACAGCAACAAACUGCGCUUAAUAGCCACCCACCAUCUCUGUCACCAGCUUUUCACGCUAAACCGACUAGACCUCCAGCGCAAAAGAUGGACUCGAGUAACUCCCUCGAUCGAAGUGCGACCAGCUUCAUCGAUUCCUCGGAUGAAGAGCAUGAGGAGCUCCGGGCAUCUGCUCGUCAGUUGCACCGACGACCUGUGUCGGUUGCACCAAGGCCACAGAGGACAGCCCCGCAGCCUGAUUUCGCAAUGGAACUGGCAGAGCUGCAGAGCGCUUCACGCCACAAGCAUGGACCGAGAAGGUCUUCACAACAGACGAUUCCGAAAUCGAACAGGCAGGGCGCUCCAGAUAAGGGUAAUGGAGCGAGGAGGACUUCACAACACGUAAACCAAAUACCGAACAGGCAGUCAAGGCAGUAUCCUACAGGCAUCGACAAUAGCGAUGCCGCCCACGACCUUCCUUUGCAAAGACAUUCGCCCCUCCCGAUGCAGACACCGGAACGCAGGACUCUAAGACGAACAGGCUCGCUACAGAAUAAGCCAUUGUUCGAUGUGCCAGAUGAGCUAUUGAGUCCCCUGCCUCAAGGGUCGCCUUACUCACCGGGCUCGGCUACUCCCUGGACGACUAUUUCGAAUGCCGAGCAAGAGCCCGACUUCUCGGGGUUCUCUGAUAAAGCCGAACCGGACGAUUAUCUCUCGCACGACACGUCGUCAUCUGGGUAUGUCCACGUUAACCAACGAUAUUAUAGAUCGACUCACGAUCAUGUCACCGAGCCCGAGCCCCAACCCGAGCCAGAACCAAGAUCCUACGUUGCGCCUGCUCAAGUGAGCAUGCAGAGUCCCAUAAGUCCGAUGUCAGGCCAAUUCCCUAUCAGUCCAUCGUUCUCAAUUCCAGAUCGUACUGGUCGAGCAUCACGCAUCUCCUCUAUCAGUCAGCAACGACCAGCACUGUCCAGGAGUCGAGGCCCAGAGUCCAGGAAUCCGGUUGAAAGUCUCCCGUCUCCUACUUCAGAGCGCGGUCUCCGGUCUCCUUCAAUAAGCUCGAGUAUGAGCAUUCCUCGCAAACCUGUGAACCCGAUGCCGUAUUUCGGAACGCCGUCCGUGAUCAGAGAUCCACAGGAAUUGGCCAGGCUGAAUGUACAGAACGUCUCGCGGUCGACCACACCUUUGCCAAUCAAGGGCAAGCCUUCGCCGCAGAAGUUCUUGCAGCAGCAACGGCAAAGACUACGGUCGUCAUCGGAGCUAGCUAGAACAUCUCAGGUGGGUAGAUCUUCUCGAAGCUUGCACACGCCGGAGCCGACGACGAAGUCACCUGCGGCAUCAAUCCUGUCCAGCCGACGUCCCAGUGUGCAGACUCCAAACUCGGCCAAUUUCGGUGAAGAAGGCUGGGGUCGAGUCUCCGUCGAGCCUACCGGCUGGAAUGGUAGCUUUGCGCACCUGGGAACAACACCUGCUGCUGGUCGAUCGCAAGUAAGUGUGGCGCGAAGUGUUGCGCCAGAACCAGUGCCCAACGAAGAGGAGGACGAAGAUGCAGCCCUGCCACCGCCUGAUAUCUCGCGGCGUCGGCAAUCUGAAGACACCCGUGCUGGUUCGGCCCUUCCUUCGCGGAGUCAGUCUCGCGUCGGUGUGGGCGUUCGUGGUGGGAUCGAUGGGUUGGAAGAUAUGCUUCGAGAACAAGAACAGGAUACUGCACCUGUGGAAAAGACGAGGAGCCGAUCAAGGAGCAUUUUGAGCAGGUUUAGCAGAAGAUGGUGA